AUGGCAGGGAUUUUGCGUAAAGUAGUUCAGAGGCCCUUAGGCAGACUACAGACUGUGACAAAAGGUGCAGAAUCUCUGAUUUACACACACUGGAUUCGUCACAAAUUUACCAAGUCAAGAAUUCCAGAUAAAGUGUUUCAGCCUUCACCUGAAGAUCAUGAAAAGUAUGGCAGGGAUCCACAGAACCCUCAUAAACUGCAUAUUGUUACCAGAAUAAAAAGUACAAAAAGACGUCCAUAUUGGGAAAAAGAUAUAAUAAAGAUGCUUGGAUUACAAAAAGCACAUGCCCCUCAAGUUCACAAGAACAUCCCUUCAGUGAAUGCAAAACUGAAAGUGGUUAAACAUUUGAUAAGAAUCAAGCCCCUGAAGUUGCCACAGGGACUUCCAACAGAGGAAGAGUCUAACACGCACCUCAAGAGCACUGGGGAAUUAGUAGUGCAGUGGCAUCUGAAACCUGUUGAGCAGAAAACAAUUAAUUCCUAAUGCCAGAGUAGCUUUAGAUUCAAAAAUGCAAGUCAUUUUUAUUUAAAAUGAGAAUGUUUUCAUUAAAAUAUAUUU